AUGGAAAAUUUAUUGAACUCAAAAGUGAAGAAUCCUAGAGGGAUUCCACAAGCUCCUUUUGUUGAAAAAGUUGAAGAUUAUAUUAAAGAUCCAGCUGAUUUUGAGAAAGUAUUGAGUAUCUUUCAAGAAAGACUACAACAAUAUAAGUAUAUGGAACAAAGCAAAAUGAAUGCAGUUAGACAAUUCAAAAUAAAGAUACCCGAAAUCAAAGAUACAUUGAAUAUGGUUGAAUUCUUGAAUUCUAAAAAAGAUUCUGAUGAAUCAAUUGAAACCAAUUAUGAACUAAAUGAUACAUUAUACACCACAGCAGAAAUUCAACCAACAGAUAAAGUUCUUCUUUGGCUAGGUGCCGACGUGAUGUUGGAAUAUCCAAUUGAUGAAGCAAUGACACUGCUACAAGAUAAAUUAUCAACUGCACAAAAGAACUUGGAAAUUUCUGAAGAAGAUGCUGAAUUUUUAAGAGAAAAUAUCACAACAAUGGAGGUUAACACCGCUAGAUUAUACAACUGGGAUGUUGAAAGAAGAAGAAACAUAAGAUUAGCAGAACAAGGAACUAAGAAGUUGAGUAUAUAA